AAGCUAUAGCACAAAGAAGUUUUUACAUUGUUCGUUAGAGCAUCAAACUGUAUGUUCGGUAAAAAAGUUUUUAUAAUAUUAUAUAAAUGGCAAGUACAUCUAGCGAUCAGUCAAUAAUUGCUCAAAAAACAUGGGAGAUGUCAAAUAACGUUGAAAUGAUCAGCACAAUGGACGAAAUUUAUAGAUAUGAUCGACAAGAACAGCAAGACAUCCUUACAGCGAAACCAUGGGAAAAAGAUCCGCACUUUUUUAAAGAUAUCAAAAUAUCUGCUCUAGCUUUAUUGAAAAUGGUAAUGCAUGCAAGGUCUGGAGGUACUCUAGAAGUAAUGGGUCUAUUAUUGGGCAAAGUGACAGCAAAUACAAUGAUCGUAAUGGAUUCUUUUGCUUUGCCCGUUGAAGGAACUGAAACUAGAGUAAAUGCUCAAGCUCAAGCAUAUGAGUACAUGACAGCAUAUAUAGAAAACGCCAAACUUGUAGGAAGACAAGAAAAUGCUAUUGGUUGGUAUCAUAGUCAUCCAGGUUAUGGUUGUUGGUUGUCAGGAAUUGAUGUUUCCACGCAAAUGUUGAAUCAAAAUUUUCAAGAACCUUUUGUGGCAAUUGUUAUUGAUCCAGUGAGAACUAUUUCAGCUGGAAAAGUUUGUUUAGGUGCCUUUAGAACUUAUCCAAAAGGUUAUAAACCAGCUAAUGAAGAACCUUCAGAGUACCAAACAAUUCCAUUAAAUAAAAUAGAAGAUUUUGGUGUUCAUUGUAAACAAUAUUAUUCUUUAGAAGUCUCAUACUUUAAGUCAUCAUUAGACCGAAGAUUGUUAGAUUCUUUAUGGAAUAAAUACUGGGUUAAUACUCUGAGUUCUUCAAGUCUUCUAACAAAUGCUGAUUAUACUACAGGUCAGAUAUUUGAUUUGUCUGAUAAAUUAGAGCAAUCUGAGGUAGCAUUAGGAAGAGGAGGAUUUUUAAGCGGUAAUGAUUCACAUGAUCGUCGCACAGAAGAUAAACUCGUAAAAGCUACAAGAGACAGUUGUAAAACAACUAUCGAAGUCAUUCAUGGUUUAAUGGCCCAAAUAAUUAAAGAUAGAUUAUUUAAUCAUGUGGGGAAUUGUUCUAUGGAAACUUAAUUUUUUUCAGUAACAUACUAUUUUCACGUGAAAAAUAAAUUUUAAUAAUUAAUCUUGUAAUGGAAUAAAAAUACAGUACUUUAUUUUCACACCUUGAUUCGCUAAAAAUUAUAUACAGCAUCUGAAUUUUUUUGUAAUUUGAACCAAUAGUUUGUAUUUUUCAUGAAUGGUAUUUAUGUAUAAUAUAUAUAAUCACUUACAUUGUUAUAAUUUAUAAAAUUAACAUAAUAAUAAUGAUAAUUAUAAUAAGAACAUAUAGGCAAAAUUCAUUUUCUUCAAAGAGAUAUAACGUAAAGAGUUGUCAUAGGCUUUAAAAGCAAGGCUUACUCUUUAUCUACCUGUUCUUUAGAAAUAAAUUCAUAAUGUAGUCGAAUACCCAUUAAUAAUAAUAAAUUCCGUAUUACAUCAAAUAAAAUAAGGGACGGAUCUAUGGCUGAUACUGACAAAUUUUAAUUACAGAAUAAUAAAUCUAUAUAAAAUUUUUAAAAAAAUUUGUGAUCAAAGAUAAAUUUUUUUAUCAUCAAGUAUAUAAAAAUUGAAAAUUAAACAAUGGGAUAUUUUUAGAGUUAAUCGUACAAUUAGUAACAUUCAGUCAAUAACAAGAUGAAAAUGAAUUCAGUGUUAAGUACAAAGAUACCUAGAUUUCAAUCGAACACUUAUUGCCAUGAAAACAUUUCAAUAUUUUCAGCAGGAAAGUAUGAAAUCUUUUAGGAGUAGAAUAUCAAUGUUUUUUUAUGCAUACGGAUAGAUCUGUAUGUCUUCAUACUGAAAUAAAAUUUGACAUCCAGCGUUCCGGCCUCUCAAUGUGAUGAUUAAAGCUACGAAAAUGAAUGAUGUACAAAUUCAUAGCAGAAUUUAUUUUGUUCUGUUCGGACAAUAAGUCUCUCUGUAAAUACAAUUAACCAACUAUAAAAA